AUGGCCUCGCAGGAAUUUCUGAAGCGAACUCUAAAGACGUUCAUCACCGUCCUGCUGAUCGCAUCAGCCUGGGGAUUAAUAGUAUACACUUUGCCAGCAACCAAGCGUGCGCUGCAUGCACCGAAUGUGCUGCAUGCACGGAAAGUGAGUAAAGGCUCACUCCAGGACAAUGACUUGGGGAAGACAGCAAUCGCUAUGGAGACGACAGCUUCCGAACCCUAUCACAAGCAGCUCGUCCAGAUUUCUAAAGUAUGGGGGCAGCAUGGCUUAGGCCAUGCCUGGCCGCAUACCGUCCACAAUGGAAUGCCAACAUGCCAGCACCCAGGGAUGGUCCAGAUUUGCCCGAAUCCACGAACGAGACUAAUCAUACUCUACUGGAGUGCCGUGGUUGGCGACAACAACUUCACGCUGUUCCCUCCCAGUGAUGGCCUGUUACACUUUGGAUGCUGUGACGGCAUUGACAUGAUCUACACAAUGGACCGCAAGAUGCUCGCUGUUGCUGAUAUCGUAGAAUUCGCAGGUCCAGAGCUUCCCGAUCCACUGCCCUCCAAGGGUCACAAGUACCAAUUGUUUAUGGCGACAAGCACUGAAGCCCAAUACGCUACCGCUAGAAUCCAUAAUGUCGCCCGGAUGUCUGGAAUAAACUUGCUUCGAUCGUACGCUUGGAUCAGUGAUAUUCGCCACUCAUUCACUCAACCAGGAGAGUGCUAUUGCAAACAAUACGUGAAGCCUCUGAAAAUACCGCACGGCCAGCGACAUGUUGUCCCUGUGUCAGCUCUAGUUUCCAAUUGCUGGACGUUCGGCGGCCGUCAUGAGUUGUUGAAGUACAUGAUGAAGAAGAUUGCAGUGCACAGCAUGGGGGGCUGUCUCCACAAUCAUAAGCUUCCGGCUAAUGCCCGCGCCUCCCUGGAAAACUAUCUGUAUAAUUUUGCUGUUGAGAACGCCAUAUGUAUGGACUACAUUACGGAGAAGUUUCAGCGGGCCUUGUCACUAGGCACGGUGCCGAUAGUGCUAACUCAGGAUCAAAUGCCGGGAUACGAGUUUGUGGCUCCUACAAAUUCUUCCUACGUCGAUCUGUCUCGCUUUCGGACGCUGGAUGAUGCCAUUAUGUUCAUCAGAGACGCUGCAGCCUCAAAGGAGAAAUACGCACAGCACCACAGUUACAGAGGUAAAUCAAUCACAAGUCCAGUCUUGUCGGCCAAGUUUAAACGCCACGUGUGCAAGCAGAGCGAAGACAAUCUUGACCAAUGGUGCCGACUUGCCAGAACCAUGCAGACGAGGAGAGGAAGAGAACAGCUGCUCCAGAAAACGUAUGACCAGUAUAAUUCUACUUCAGAUCGGCAGUGUGCUGAGAGAGGCUCAAUGUUAAAACUCGUCCCCAGAUGA